UACAGUACCUACCUCGCUAUUGUAUUGUGGUUUUGAAUAACAAAUUAAGUAUAAAGAUGUGGAUAGUUGUUGUGUUUCAAAAUGAUAAUAGUGUUGCUGCGGUACCAACAAACUGGUACAAAGAUGGUAUGUGUGCCUGGCCAAAAAAAGCUGUUAAACACAAAAGUGAUUUGAUUCAAAAUCAGAUUGAACCGACCAGGUCAGAAUUUGACCGCUUUCCAGCCAGGAAACUGAGCUCUUCACCGAUAGAAUCGCUUAAGGAAGCAGAAGAAAAGGCUGCAAAAGGUAUGUUUUCUUCAGACUUGUCAUCGGCCGAAGAAAACAUAACAAAUGACAAUGUUAGUAAAAAAAAAAAAUGUUCCAAAGAUUUCUUUACUAAAAAACAGUCUCAGCCCUUUAAAAAAAAGAGGUCCCUUAGUCCACCACCAAUUUUUGAGGAGAGUUUUGAUGUUGAACAUGCAGAUACAGCCAGCAAAGAUUUGUUAUGGCCAUCACAACAAUAUGAUUUUCCUUUGGCUAGUACUAGUAAAGAUCAGGUCUCAAAUAUUUGUGCUGAUAACAUUGAUUCACAAAUAAUUAGUACACAGUCAUCAAGCACAAAAAGAUCACUACUUUUUACUGAGACAGACGAUAUCAUUGACAAUAACAUAACAUUGGCUACAGGUUUUGAUGAGAAUAUGUUGUUUCAAAGUACACCAAAACCUGAUGCAUCAGUCCAAAUCAAACAUUCAAAUUCAAUUAAUGAUGCAGAGUUUGUUAAUUUUGUUAAAUCAUCCUUAAUAAAUAUGAAAUAUGAUAUGAAACUUCUAUCAUAUUCAAUCGAUUCAUUAAAAACAAUUAUGCAAAAUAUUGAAAUGAACACCUCACACAUUUCUUCUAACAGUGAGCAACAAUAUAUUUCAAAUAUCCAAGAGUUAAAAUGGCCAAUAACAAAUAUGAUCCAAUUAGACGAUAGUGAAAAAUUGUUGACUGACACUCUUAUAAAAAAUAAUGAAGUAGGACUGCUGGCAAGGUUAAUAGGAAAAAGUAUUUCUGAGUCAGUUCGUCGUAUGAUGUCCAGAAUGUUUGAAGAUACAUUUCUCCAAAACUAUUCAUACUUGGGUUUCAAAGGAAAAUGCAAAUUUUCUGGAUUGUGCUGUUGUCAAUUACUAUUCGAUGCUAUAAGAAAAGAAAAAAAAUUCACUGCAACGCCGGACCAAGAGAUUUCCACCAUUGUUGCCAAGUGGUUGGCGCAGGCACCAAACCGAAUUUCAAAAAAAAAAAACAACUCGCCAGCUAACAAUAUAUUAUAA